AUGACUGGUGAAAAAGAUGAUUCACUUCAGUCAAUUAGUAUGCAAUUGAAUAGGCAGAAUUAUUCAUAUUGGAGUUACGUGAUGAGAAAUCUUUUGAAAGGAAAACUUAUAUGGGGAUAUGUUUCUGGCACUUUUGCUAAACCUACAAAUGUUGGGGAUGAGAAUUAUGCAGAUCAUAUAGAUAUUUGGGAUGCUUGUAAUUCAAAGAACAUCAUUUGGAUAAACAAUUUUGCACUGCAAUCAAUAGGCAUCCAACUUGCAAAGUAUGAGACAACCAAAGAGGUCUGGGACCAUUUAGAAAGAUUGUAUACUCAGUCUAAUUUUCCAAAGCAAUACCAAUUAGCGAUAGAUAUCCAUGCUCUUCAACAGAAUAAUAUGAGUAUUCAAGAGUUUUAUUCUACAAUGUCUAAUCUUUGGGAUCAACUAGCUUUGAUAGAGUCAACGCAGUUGCGAAAAUUUGCACCAUAUAUUACUUGUUGUGAAGAGCAACGUUUGGUCCAGUCACUAAUGGCUCUUCGAGAUGAUUUUGAAGAUCUUUGUGGCACUAUUUUGCAUCACAAUCCACUUCCGUCUGUUGACUCUGUUGUAAAUGAAUUAUUGGCUGAAGAGAUCCGCUUGAAGUCACGAGUUGAUAAAGGAAUUCUUUCUUCUCCUUAUUCAUCAGUGUUUGUAGUCCCUCCUAGGCUUCCUUCCAAUAACCAAAGCAAGCCUCAAACAAAAAUCAGAUAUGAUGAGUGUAUUUUUUGCAAGCAAAAGGGUCAUUGGAAAGCACAGUGUUGA